GUGUGGAGAGAGAGAGAUAGAGAGAGGGGGAGGGAGGGAGAGAGGGAGAAACUACCCAACCCCAGCAGCGCGUAGAGGCGUCAGACGGCCGCCAGAGCAUCCCAGUUGCGCACUGAACGGAGGCCCCAUCGACGUUUCGCAGCGCCAGAAGCAGCUGGAGAAGAAGUGCACAUCGCCGGGCACACGGCCACGUUUACAGUCAGUAAUGGAGAGCCUGCUGGAUAAUCCCAUGAAAGCCGUUCUUUACCUGAAGGAGCUCACCACUAUCGUCCAGAACCAGCAGAGCCUGAUCCAGACGCAGCGCCAACGCAUCGACGAACUGGAGCGAAAGGUGGAGGACCUGAUAGGAGAGAACCGACAGUUGCGCGACCCCCAUCACUACGUCCAGCAGCCUCCUCCUCCUCAGCAGCAGCAGCAGCAGCAUCACCACCACCACCACCACCACCCGAGUCACCGCAGCGCCAGUCCUCAGGCGCCGGCCAACCUCCAUCAGCACCCGGGGAGCAACAAAGCCGCGGCUCAUCUCGGCCAGCAGGCGCAGCAGCAGCCGCCUCCGCCUCCGCCACCGCAGCAGCAGCAGCAUCAGCCGCAUCAGCAGCAUCAUCAUCAGCAUCAGCAGCAGCAGCAGCCGCAGCCGAUCCCCGGUCUAUCGGCCCAGCCUCAGCAGCAUCCGACCCCGCCUGCGCCGUCACCGCACCACCCGCAGCAGCUGCAGCUCGUCCCGACCUCGCCGCAGUCGCCCAAAGCGAGCCAAGCCAGCCCGGACUCCGGCGAGGAGGACAAGAGGAGCCCGUGCUGCAAGUCCCUCGUUCCGCAGACUCCCACCACGCUUUGCCGCUCCGUGGGACUCGCGAGGAAAGCGGACAACCAAACAGUGCUCCACCAGUUCUGCUGCCCCGCCCCAGAGGCCCCUGAGGGGGAGGCUUCUACUGCCUGUGUCCCCAGCGAUGACCUUUCUCCAGACUCGUCUAUUGGGGAGGAAGGGAAGGGAGGAGAGGGGGAGCUGGAGAGUGAGGUUGAGUCGAAACCGGAGCCUCGGCCCGAGCAACAGCAGCAAGAGGUUCGGCCGCAGGAUCCACCGCCGCGGCCUCGCUGCGAGCCCCAGCCACAGACUCCGCCUCCGGCCCGGCCCGAAGGCGACCGGCAGCCGGAACCCGAGCCCCGGUUCGCGCCGGAGCCCCAGCCUCCGGCCGAGCCUCAGCCCGAGCCUCAGCCUCAGCCCGGAGCCGAGGCUCAGGGCGAGGAGGAAGAGGAGGAGGAGGAGGAGGCGGCGGCGCGGGUCGCCUCUGAAGCGCCUUCACCCCGUCGGGAGGAGCAGAUGGCGGCGGAGCAAGAGGAGGAAGCGCUGGACGAAGUUGUGGAGGCAAAGGGAAAGCAAGAGGGAGACGAGGCGCGGGCCGGGCGCCGAGAAGAAGAAGAAGAAGAAGAGGAGGAGGAGGAGGAGGUGGUGGUGGUGCAGGAGCAGAAGGAGCAGGAGGUGGAGGCGGUGGUGGAGGAGGAGGAAGGGGGAGGAGCAAAGGGAGGUGGGGCGGGGAGGAGGGCCAGCCUGCACCACACAGCUUCGCCCUUGAGGGUGCAGCGCAACGGGGCCGGCUCACACUCCACCACCUCCGACUAUGAGCUCUCGCUUGACCUCAAAAACAAGCAGAUCGAAAUGUUAGAGCACAAAUACGGCGGCCACCUCAUAUCCCGCCGCGCUGCCUGCAAGAUCCAGACCGCCUUCCGCCAGUACCAGCUCAGCAAGAACUUCGAGAAGAUCCGCAAUUCGCUACUGGAGAGUCGCCUGCCUCGACGCAUCUCCCUGCGCAAGGCCCGCGUGCAGAACACGGAGGGCUUCUCUGCUGAACGGGCCCUGGCAGAAGGCUACAACUUGACAGGCAUCCCAUUGGUGCGCUCGCCAUCUCUGCCUGCCACAGUUGGUGGCACCCUGACCGACCUGGAAGACUCGUUCACUGAACAGGUCCAGUCGCUGGCAAAGUCCAUAGACGAUGCACUCAGCAACUGGAGCCUGAAGACCAUGUGCUCGCUGCAGGAAGGCGGCACCUACCAGUUCGGCGGCGACCCCUUCGGCGCUGCCGCCGCAGCGGCAGCGGCUGCGGCAGGAGGCGAAGGAUGUGUUGGGGGAGAGUCGACGCUUAUUCAAGGCCCACUCGACCCCAGUGACCUGUCGAGGAGUGCGAGCAAGCUGAUGAUGGCGUUCCGGGAUGUGACGGUGCAGUUCGACAGCCAGAAGUUCUGUGUUUCAUCCUCAGUCGUGGAAUCGUCCACCGUCACCCUCGGCACCUGCGUCCAGCAGGACGGAGCCCCGCCGGCCGUCACUUCCACUCCCACGAAGACAAACUUCUUUCCAGUCUUCGCCCCUUGCGGCCUCCCGCAAGAACCCCCUCCUCCCCCCGCAGAGCUCCCAGCCGAACCCAUAGACCCGCCGCCCCCCCCACAGGAGCCCCCGCCGCCCCCGGAAUCCGACUUUGAAGAAGGGGAGCAGUACGUCGAGUUCCCUGCCCCUCCGCCGAGCGAAGAGGAGCUCGGGGAGGACAACCAGCCUCCCCUGACCCCUCUGGAUAAGAUGGCCGCUCCCCAAAGCCCGGAGGACGUGGCGGCGGUGGCGCCGCCGGCCGCGGAGCUCCCUCGUGCCGCGCCACCGCUGCUGGGCAGCUCGCCGCCCGCGGCGGCGCCCCUGGAGGUCGAGAGGUGCAGCUCAGAGACGCCGGACAACAGCUCGGAGCAGAUGAGCAGCAGCAGCACGUCCACGGAGGCCCGCUCCACAUCCGAGGCCUCGUCCAAGGAGGCUCUGCAGGCCAUGAUCCUCAGCCUGCCGCGCUACCAAUGCGAGAACCCGGCCAGCUGUAAAUCACCCACGCUGUCCACCGACGUCAUGCGGAAACGCCUCUACCGCAUCGGCCUCAACCUCUUCAACGUAAACCCCGACAAGGGCCUUCAGUUCCUGAUCUCCCGAGGCUUCAUCCCGGACACGCCCAUCGGCGUCGCCCACUUUCUGCUGCAGAGGAAGGGCUUGAGCCGACAGAUGAUUGGAGAGUUCCUCGGCAACAGCAAAAAGCCCUUCAACAGGGACGUCCUCGAUUGUGUGGUGGAUGAGAUGGACUUCUCGGGCAUGGAGCUGGACGAAGCGCUGAGGAAGUUCCAGGCCCACAUUCGGGUGCAGGGAGAAGCCCAGAAGGUGGAGCGGCUUAUCGAAGCCUUUAGUCAGCGCUACUGCAUGUGCAACCCCGAUGUGGUGCAGCAGUUUCACAACCCGGACACCAUCUUCAUCCUGGCCUUCGCCAUCAUCCUGCUCAACACCGACAUGUACAGCCCGAACAUCAAGCCGGACCGCAAGAUGAUGUUGGAGGACUUCAUACGCAACCUGCGAGGUGUGGACGACGGAGCGGACAUCCCGAGAGAGGGGAUCUACGAGAGGAUUCAACUGAGGGAGUUGCGCUCCAACGAAGACCACGUCACCUACGUGUCCAAGGUGGAGCAGUCCAUCGUGGGCAUGAAAACAGUCCUCUCUGUCCCUCAUAGACGACUGGUGUGCUGCAGCCGCCUGUUUGAGGUGACUGAUGUCAACAAGGCCCAAAAACAGGCGGCUCACCAGAGAGAAGUCUUCCUCUUCAAUGAUCUCAUUGUGAUCUUGAAGCUUUGCCCAAAGAAGAAGAGCUCUGCAGCCUACACGUUCUGCAAAGCAAUGGGCCUCCUCGGAAUGCAGUUUCACCUGUUCGAAAAUGAGUAUUAUCCCCACGGCAUCACCAUCCUCUCGCCUUUCGGCUCAGACAAGAAGCAGGUACUGACCUUCUGCGCCCAAAGUGCCGAGGAGCUGCUCAAGUUCGUGGAAGACCUGAAGGAGUCAAUCUCCGAGGUGUCGGAGAUGGAGCAGAUACGCAUCGAGUGGGAGCUGGAAAAGCAGCAGGGAGCUAAGGCACACUCGGUGAAGAACAACGGCACACAGCUGGAGCUGCGCGGCAAACUGGGCUCCCCAUCAGGAAACCAGGAGAUCGAUGAAAGAAGUGGACAAAAUGCAGUGGAGGUGUCAAUUCACAACAGGCUUCAGACGUACCAGCUCAGCAGCAGCACGGCUCGGAGCCCCGAGAGCGCGACGCUUCUUAACCACCAGGGGGAGCCGCUUUUCCAGCAGGUGCCCCGGGGGCCGACCCCCGAGCCUGCGCGGCCGCCGUCAGCGGCGAGCUCCCCGGCCCACCUCCUCCACCCCCAGCAGCUCCAGCACCACCACCACCAGCAACAGCCGGCCGCCAGCGUGGCCGACCUGGGGCCCGAGACGCUCAUCCAGUGUCAGCAGAUCGUCAAGGUCAUCAUGCUGGACCACGGCGGCCACGGGCGGGUGGAGGCCUUCCUCAGCCAGACGCCCACGCACCACCGCUACCAGCACCACCAACACCACCAACACCACCACCAGCUCAGCCAGUCGGCCGCGUCGACGCCGGUCCGCUCGCCGGGCUGCUCCCACGGCGACGACGGCCACCAGCCCCCGCUGCCGCCCCCGCCGCCGCCUUACAACCACCCCCACCAGUACAUACCGCCCGACCCCCGCCUCGCCCUGCACCGGACCCCGAGCGGCUCUCGGAGCAUGGUGUAAAUAAAUAAAUGAGUAUUCUUUCCCCCCGAAAAACACGCACUUCCACACCGCCCCCCCCCCCCACCACCACCCUCCUCUCUACCUAUUUAACAGUACAUAAUGUACAUAUAUACAUAUAUACAAAUGGAAGCGCUAUAGUGAAAAAAAAUCAAUCUCACUUAUAUGCCUAUAUUUAAGGAAAAAAUUCACUAAAAUAAAAAAAGUUUUAAAAGGAAAAACAGAGAAAUACAGUGCAUAUAUACAAAGUUACUUGAUUCCACAUGUAUUUUGAAAUAUUAUGUAGUUUUAACAAAUUUCUAUAACUUUUUGUCGGUUUUAACUUGCUAGAGAAAACACAGCUACUUGGUUUGUGGAUCGGAGUCCCUCUGGUUUCUGGUAUUUAACCCCCGACCAGCGACAGGCACGGACCCUUCCGCUUCCGUUUUCGCUUUCAUCCUCCCCGAACCUCACGCCUACUGCGCUGCAUAGCUGACACUCAACCCCCCCCCCCCCCCCCCUCCCUCCUCGAAAAAACGUGUGCCAAAAAUUUAAAAAAAAGGCUCCACAAAAACACAGACUCCUUUUUGCACUCGACCGAACGCUAGCGCUGGAAGAAAGAAAAAGAAAAAUUCCUUCCUUUUGAAAAAGAAGAAACGGUCCUUUCACGCUUCUGCCACAACAACAACAACAACAACAAAAGAGAAAAAAAAGAAAAGUGAAUAACAAAAACUGAACAUCUGCUCCUCUGUCGUGUUGUGGCUUUUUAUCAUUGAGAAAACAAUCCGUUGUCAUCCCGCAGUGAAGAAUGACGAAUGGUGAAUAAAGGCCAGCCAAUCGCACGGAUUUCUGCCAAAACCAAAAAUUCAUCCCACGACGCUCCUUGUGUGUCUUUGACUCUUCACAUUUAACGUAUUUAAUGUCGCCGACGCCUCCCGCGAGUUCCCGCCAAGUCUUUUUCAUUCACGUUGAAGUUGCUAAAGCUAUACUGUAACCGCUCUCCAUUCAGCAUUCACAUGUGAUCCGCAUACACUGUUGUUUAUCAAACACUUAUCAGCUUCUUCAUUUAAUUUUUUUUAGUAAUGAAAAUGCUACAACUCAACUUAAACGUCGACAUCUGUGUUUAUUCUGAUUUUGCAGAAAUAUUCCAGCUUUGUGUGUUUUCUGCCGGUGGAUGAAUGCGAGACGUGAAUCCACCCCUAAAGCAUCCUGGCGGUCUCUCUUUAUGUCGCCACGACUCCCGGGUCCUGUUUACUGCUCUUUGUCACUGUUUUCUCUUCCCUCCUAACCUUUCAGUCUGACAUUUUUAAAAAGGCAAAAAAAAAAACACAGCUUGUUUUGCAAAUGCUGGCAUUAAUGGGAUUGUUGUUGCCUGGUCUGCUUUGAAUACGAACGGGACAAAAAGAAUGCAUUAUCUGGGUUAUUCUCCUUCGCCCUCAGCCUACUUUGUAAAUACCACGUUCAAUUAGUGCCGGAAAAGGGACGAGCUAGCUGCCUUUUAGCCACCUUUCAAAAUUCUAUCGCCCCCCCCCCCCGACGAUGCGUCCUUCACUCUGAAAUAAGUCACCCUGAAUCAGUCCAUCUUUUAAACAUAAGCCCCACCGGGUUCCGCGGGACGGGCAUAUAUUUAACCCCGCUCCUCUCAUCUGACCCCACCUUUCUGAUUGGUUGACUUAUUAUCACAGAGGCACCGGAGGGGCAGGUCUUAUCCCGUCAAUCUGUCCUUUUCCACUCGUUAUUUCACCCAGUGGGAAGGCAGAGGUUACACAAUAAAUGUAUGUGUGUGUGUGUGUGUGUGUGUGUGUGUGUGUGUGUGUGCUGCUCCCAGUGGCAUUCCAGCUAACCCCCCCCCCCCCAAAAAAAGGAAAUCUGACCCUCGCUCCCGUUCAGUGUGGUAAUUCUUUUGUUAUUAUCAUUCGCCACAAUAAAAAAAAAAAAAUGCGCCUUGAAAAGUAAUAGAAAGCUUUUGUGACAGUUUUGAUAAUAUCAAGUGACCAUAUAAAAAACAAAAACAUUGAAGGUUAUGCAAUACAUUUGAAUAAAUGUCAUCUAUAGUUGAUGAUAUCGACACUGAUAUUUUGGAUUUCCCACUGGUGGAUGAUGAUUGUAUGAUUGCUGAUUGAUGCGUUUGUUUAGAUCAACAUUAAUAUAUGAUUCUUCUCCCAUGCAUGCCAUCCGUUUGGAGGUCAAUCCAACUCUUAUUCGCAGAAGUUUAACAUUUUUUGUGCAUGACUGAAUGUGCUUUGAGCUCGCUCAGGGGAGAUGAAGACGACACGUUUCUUUUGUGGUUUGUAAUAUAAAAAAAAGGAAUAUCGAACACCCAUGUAAAUUGAUUUAAAAUUGCAAAUUUGAGGCUUCUAUUUUGCAAAAACAGGCCAUUUCUGUUUCUUCUGUCCUCCACAGCCCAUUCUGUGUGGGUCCCUACUUGACAAUUUAUAUAAGGAUUUUGGGAGAAAGAGACCUCCUGUGUGUGCAAUAAACAUGAAUAUGAGGCACACAGUUUUCAGUUCAUGUCUGAAAGGAAAACCAAUGUAGCAUUUUGAGAGCGGAGCGAAUGACAUGGAAGCGCAACUCUCGUUCUCUACUGAAAAAUGAAAAGGGCUCUGCCAUACCAGUGCACUGCUUCAUCCAUUAAUGUGGAUCCUGUCUGGCUCUUCAACACUGUGCUUGCUCAUACUAGUUAAAAAAAAAGAAGAAUUACUAAUAGAGUGGACAUAUUUAUUGUGAGACAAGUGGAAACUGAGUGUUGCAGAUAUCAACCAUCAACCAUCCCUCAGUUAGCUCUGAAUUCCUCUCUACUUGUCUUUGCAGUAUAUCAACAUGCUAUUAAAGAUGAUUUAAGUUUA